AUGGAUUCUACAGCCCGGGGACCCAGACACAGCCCAGAGACCCAGUCACAGCCCAGUAACAGCCUACACCCCAGGGACCCAGUUACAGCCCACAGCCCAGGGACCCAGUCACAGCCCAGAUACCUAGUCACAGCCCACAGCUUAGGGACCCAGUCACAGCCCACAGCCUCGGAACCAGUCACAGCUCAGAGACCCAGUUACAUCCCACAGCCCAGGGACCCAGUCACAGUCCACAGCCCAGUGACCCAGUCAAAGUCCACAGCCAAGGGACUCAGUCACAGCCCAGAGACCCAGUCACAGCCCAGAGACCUAGCCACAGCCCAAAGCCCAGGGACCCAGUCACAGCCCAGUGACCCAGUUAAAGUCCACAUCCCAGUGACCCAGUCAAAGUCCACAGCCCAGGGACCCAGUCACAGCCCACCACCACCCAGGGACCCAGUCAGAGCCCACACCCCAGUCACAGCCAAUGGACCCAGUCACAGCCCAGUGACCCAGUCAAAGUCUACAUCCCAGGGACCCAGUCACAGCCCAGGAACCCAGUCACAGCCCACAAUCUGGGGACCCAGUCACAGCCCAGGAACCCAGUCACAGCCCACAAUCUGGGGACCCAGUCACAGCCCAGAGACCCAGUCACAGCCCAGAGACCUAGCCACAGCCCACAGCCCAGGGACCCAGUCACAGCCCACCCAGUCAAAGUCCAGUGACUCAGUUAAAUUCCACAUCCCAGUGACCCAGUCAAAGUCCACAGCCAAGGGACUCAGUCACAGCCCAGAAACCCAGUCACAGCCCAGAGACCUAGCCACAGCCCAAAGCCCAGUCACAGCCCAGGGAUCCAGUCACAGCCCAGGGACCCAGUCACAACCCAGGAACCCAGUGACAGCCCAGGGACCCAGUCAGUCCACAACCCACACUCUGGGGACCCAGUCACAGCCCACAGCCCAGGGACCCAAUCAUAGCCCAGGGACACAGUCACAGCCCAGGGACCCAAUCAUAGCCCAGAGAUCCCGUCACAGCCCAGGGAUCCAGUCACAGCUCAGGGACCCAGUCACAGCCCAGAGACCCAGCCACAGCCCACACUCUGGGGACCCAGUCACAGCCCAAAGACCUUGUCACAGCCCAAGAACCCAGUCACAGCCCACUGCCCAGAGACCCAGUCACAAAGCCCUACAUCCUAUCAGCAGUAUUAACCAAGUCGUGUUACAAUGGAUCCCUGCUCACUGUGGCAUACCAGGAAAUGAAAAUGCAGACAGACUGGCAAAACUGGGUGCAGCUAAAGAACAGGAAGAUAACUGGGUGACAUACAAAGAGAUGAAAUUCCAUAUUAAAUCUCUCUAUAGACCUCCCAAACAAACCAAUGAUUAUUACCUGCUGUCCCAUCAGGAACAGGUCAUCAUUUUCCGACUAAGGACUGGACACAACAGGCUGAACCAGCAUAUGCACAAGAGGUUCCAGCUGGUACCUUCUUCCAUGUGCUCCUGUGGAGAGCAGAACAGACGACCGAACAUGUCAUCCAAGACUGCAUAA